AUGGUGGGUGGCGUCGAGUCCAUCUUACGAUACCAUUUGCGUGUCUUCGCUGCUUCUGUUGGCGCAGCUGCGGCGUCUGCGGCGUGCCUGCAAGAUCCUGGGGGUGUCUGAGUGGGACAACAAGGCCCUGGUACGCCGCGCCUACAAGGAGAAGGCCCUCCAGCACCACCCCGACAAAGGCGGCACCAAGGAGGGCUUCCAGCGGCUCAAGAGGGCGUACGAGCUGGUGCAUGCAGCGGCGCCGGAGCCACCCAAGAGCUGUGAGGAGGGCGAGGCCACGGGUGCGUGCCUCGACAGGCUGGGUGGUCUCUGCCCAAAGUGCGCCAAGAUGUACCAGGUGCGUGCAUUGCGUUUGAGAGAAAGUCACGUCUCUCUCACCUGAUGUUCGUUUCCGCUGUGUGUGUUGGGCUCUCGUCAGGCCAAGGCGUUGAGGGAGAUGACGUGGGAGGCCGAGGCCAAGGCGCCAGUGGCAGAGGAGGAGGCCCACGCCGCGACCACCCCCGCCGCCACGGUCAGCAGCCACCCGUCCUUUCACACCGACCAAGGGCCGCCCGUCACCAGCAGAGGGGAGGGGCUCUGGAGCCGCUGGUUUCCAGACUUCUUCUGCACCUGCUGCGGCUUUCCAAGAGGACGAGUAAGCUGGGGAAGAGGUAUGGGUGUCGGGAAGAUACUGCUUCUUUGACCGAUGUCUCUGUCUCUGCUGCCAUGUCUCUGUGUGCGUUUUGUGUCUUCAGCCGCAGUGUAUCGCUGCCUUCAUUUUAUAUCUGUGGACAUUUUCAUUUCACUUCAGCGUCGCUGAUUCCCUACAGCAAGGAAUGCGACAGGUUAGAAAAAGAAGACAAGUCGAUUGUCCGCCACGCAGAACAUCCAAGGUUUCCUGGCGUCUGGUGCGACCAACCGUGCCCUCUUCAUCUCCCAGACUGUCGCGAGCAUCGGGUGGAUCUUCUACGCCGCCGCAUUCUUCCCUAUGGGGGUGAGCGAGGUGCUAAUGGAUGGAUGAAUGGCGGGGCUCGUUGUGAUUUUGCCGUAAUGGCGUCAGCUCAACAACACCGAGGGUCCUGGGAUGGUGUUCGGGUGGAUCAUUGCCUCGUCCUACAAACUCGCCGGUGACGAAAUGACACAGAGUGACGGGCAGGCCAGGGGGCUCCCCACGUCUCGUGUCUUGUGUUGUGUUGUGUUGUGUCUUCAGCGGUGUGUUCCUGCCGACGACCGCCCCCAGCUUCUGGGUGCACCUGGCCAUGAUGGUCUUCUACGGCCUGGGGCUCUUCGUCGCCACCAUCUGGGCAUUCAUGUUCGAACCCACCAUCCACUGGGUCGGUUGGUGGGGGGCCUUACACGCAAAGACCACACAGAGUUCGGGAUACACACGACUGACUUUCUCGUGUGAUGCGUGUUCUCCUCGCAGGAGGGGGCUCCGGGGAUGUAUGCGGAGAGCUACGAGUUGGCCCCCGCCCUCGCACCCAAGCCCGUCAUGGCCACCACCAUGUCGUGA